GCGGCCUGCGCGCAUGCGUGCACGCGGGCCCCGCCUUUUCUCACACCGCACCUUCCGCUACCCUGGUUACCGUUGGUGUUUGCGAAUUCCCAGCGGCAACUUAGUUGCGGAAGACCAGCGCCGCCGGGCUUCAGCUGCGGUUUGAUAGGCGCGCGCCCGCGUCACGUGGGCAAGGCUCCUGCUCGGUCGCUGGCGGGCCGCUCAGCCGGGAGGAAAGAAGCUUGUGGCUACCGCUCACCCUCCCACUGCGCCCUAGGGCUGGCGCGCGGAUAAAAAUGGCGAAGUGUGGGUAGCUGGCGCCAAACCCGAAGCGAUGGGGCGCGCAAGUGGGGCGGUGGUCGGAGACCCCUGAUGUAGGCGCCCGACUGUUCUCCGCGGCGAUUUGACUUGGUGACCUCAGGCCGGCGCCUAACAGGUCAGACCACGGACUCCGUGGGUCGCCGAGCGCCCCGCCGAGAGCCGGAGGCAAUGGAUGAACAGAGCGUGGAGAGCAUUGCUGAUGUUUUCCGAUGUUUCAUUUGUAUGGAGAAAUUGCGGGAUGCACGCCUGUGUCCUCAUUGCUCCAAGCUUUGUUGUUUCAGCUGUAUCAGGCGCUGGCUGACAGAGCAGAGAGCUCAAUGUCCUCAUUGCCGUGCUCCACUCCAGCUACGAGAACUAGUCAACUGUCGUUGGGCAGAAGAAGUAACACAGCAGCUUGAUACUCUUCAACUCUGCAGUCUCACCAAACAUGAAGAAAAUGAAAAGGACAAAUGUGAAAAUCACCAUGAAAAACUUAGCGUAUUUUGCUGGACUUGUAAGAAGUGUAUCUGCCAUCAGUGUGCACUUUGGGGAGGAAUGCAUGGUGGACAUACCUUUAAACCUUUGGCGGAAAUUUAUGAGCAGCAUGUUACUAAAGUGAAUGAAGAGGUAGCCAAACUUCGUCGGCGUCUCAUGGAACUGAUCAGCUUAGUUCAAGAAGUGGAAAGAAAUGUCGAAGCUGUAAGAAAUGCAAAAGAUGAGCGUGUUCGAGAAAUUAGAAAUGCGGUGGAGAUGAUGAUUGCACGGUUAGACACACAGCUGAAGAAUAAGCUUAUAACACUGAUGGGUCAGAAGACAUCUCUGACACAAGAAACAGAACUGUUGGAAUCCUUACUUCAGGAAGUAGAGCACCAGUUGCGAUCUUGUAGUAAGAGUGAGUUGAUUUCUAAGAGCUCAGAGAUCCUCAUGAUGUUUCAGCAAGUUCAUCGAAAGCCCAUGGCGUCCUUUGUUACCACUCCUGUUCCACCAGACUUUACCAGUGAAUUGGUACCAUCUUAUGAUUCAGCUACUUUUGUUUUAGAGAAUUUCAGUACUUUGCGCCAGAGAGCAGAUCCUGUUUACAGUCCACCUCUUCAAGUUUCAGGACUUUGUUGGAGGUUAAAAGUUUACCCAGAUGGAAAUGGAGUUGUUCGUGGUUACUACUUAUCUGUGUUUCUGGAACUCUCAGCUGGCUUGCCAGAAACUUCCAAAUACGAAUACCGUGUAGAGAUGGUUCAUCAGUCCUGCAAUGAUCCUACCAAAAAUAUCAUUCGAGAAUUUGCAUCUGACUUUGAAGUUGGAGAAUGUUGGGGUUAUAAUCGAUUUUUCCGUUUGGACUUACUUGCAAAUGAAGGAUACUUGAAUCGACAAAAUGAUACAGUGAUUUUAAGGUUUCAGGUUCGUUCACCAACUUUCUUUCAAAAAUGCCGGGACCAGCAUUGGUAUAUUACUCAAUUGGAAGCUGCACAGACUAGCUAUAUCCAACAAAUAAAUAACCUUAAAGAGAGACUUACUAUUGAGUUGUCUCGAACUCAGAAAUCAAGAGAUUUGUCACCACCAGAUAAUCAUCUUAGCCCCCAAAAUGAUGACACUUCUGAGACACGAGCUAAGAAGUCUGGAUCAUGUGCUGACAUGCUUCUCCAAGAUGGUCCUACUACAGCUUCUGUAAGAGAGGCCAAGGAGGAUGAAGAAGAUGAGGAGAAGCUUCAGAAUGAAGAUUAUCAUCAUGAGCUUUCAGAUGGAGAUCUGGAUCUGGAUCUUGUUGGUGAAGAUGAAGUAAAUCAUCUCGAUGGCAGCAGUUCUUCUGCCAGUUCCACAGCAACAAGUAACACGGAAGAAAAUGACAUUGAUGAAGAAACCAUGUCUGGAGAAAAUGAUGUGGAGUACAACAACAUGGAAUUGGAAGAGGGAGAACUCAUGGAAGAUGCAGCUGCAGCAGGACCUUCAGGUAGUAACCAUGGCUAUAUGGGUGCCAGUAGCAGAAUGUCAAGAAGAGCACAUUUAUCCUCUGCUGCUACCAGUAGUUUAUUAGACAUUGAUCCUUUAAUAUUAAUACAUUUGUUGGACCUUAAGGACCGGAGCUGUAUGGGAAAUCUGUGGGGCUUACAGCCUCGCCCACCUGCUUCACUUUUGCAGCCCACAGCCUCAUGUUCUCGAAAAGAUAAAGACCAAAGGAAGCAGCAGGCAAUGUGGCGAGUUCCUUCUGAUUUAAAGAUGCUAAAAAGACUCAAAACUCAAAUAGCUGAAGUUCGAUGUAUGAAAACUGAUGUAAAGAAUACACUUCCAGAAAUAAAAAGCAGCAAUGCUGCUUCUGGAGACAUGCCGGCAAGCCUUCUUUCUGCUGACCAGGCAGCUCUGGCUGCAUGUGGAACCGAAAACUCUAGCAGAUUACAGGAUUUGGGAAUGGAGCUCUUGGCAAAGUCAUCAGUUGCCAGUUGUUACAUACGAAACUCCACAAAUAAGAAGAGUAAUUCACCCAAGCCAGCUCGGUCCAGUAUAGCAGGUAGUCUGUCACUUCGAAGAGCAGUAGACUCUGGGGAAAAUAGCCGUUCAAAGGGAGACUGUCAAACUCUGUCUGAAGGCUCCCCAGGAAGCUCUCAGUCUGGGAGCAGGCACAGUUCUCCCCGAGCCUUGACACAUGGCAGUAUCAGUGACAUUCUGCCAAAAUCUGAAGACCGGCAGUGUCAAGCUUUGGAUUCAGAUGCUGUUGUGGUUGCAGUUUUCAGUGGCUUACCUACUAUUGAAAAAAGGAGAAAAAUGGUCACCUUGGGGACUAGUGUUAAAGGAGGUCAUCUGGAAGGAAUGCAAAUGACUGAUUUGGAAAAUAAUUCUGAAACUGGGGAAUUACAACCUAUACUACCUGAAGGAGCUUCAGUUGCCCCAGAGGAAGGAAUGAGUAGCGACAGUGAUAUUGAAUGUGACGCUGAGGACGAGGAGCAGGAGGAGCGCGCCAGCCUGGGCAGAUUUAGCGACUCCUUCAUGGCACGGCUGCCAGAUGAAGAUACACAUUCCAGUUUUCCUGAUGGUGAACAAAUAGGCCCUGAAGAUCUCAGCUUCAAUACUGAUGAAAACAGUGGAAGGUAAUUUUCAAAUCAAGAAAACUGACUUGCAAGCUACCUUGAAUUUUGCUGUAGUUGGUGCUCAAAUUUGUCAACAGUCAGAUUAAUCAGAUUUGGUCUUAUUUUUUUCAUCAUCUCUACUUGAAAUAGUAAUUCUGAAACUUUAGAAAGUAGCACAAUUCUAGUGUAAGACAUUAGUACACAGGAAAAAGUUGUGUGGGAAGAAUCCUGUGUAAUGUAAUGAAAUAACAGUGUAGCCUCAAUUAAUUUAGUAAAUAGUAUAUUCAUAAAAGGCAGUUUGUCUGCUGUAACAGGAGGGCAAUUAACUGCCAGGAAACGUACCUGGAGACAGUGCAUGCACUCAGUAACCUGCUCAGCAUCGGUGCUCUUCUGUCUUGGCUAGACACUCAGUUGUGUUUAAAUGACCACCUUUAUAUUUUGGGUUUUAAUUAUAGUUUAUAGUUUCACUAGUGCCUGUAGAUUAGUGAGCAGAAAUAUUACUAAUGUGUAGAUUCUUCCCUGUAGACACUUUAUGUGAAUAACUGAAGUAACACUAGACUGAAUCUCCUCUUCGGAAUAUGUUGACUGACUGAGGUUAAUUUAUUUAUCUUUUCUUGUUUGUUCAAGUGCAGGCACACUAAUUAAUGACACCUAAGCUUUCGUUUGUGUGACCUUUACAAAUGUAAUUUUAAAUGAAUUAAGUUAAUAUGGAUUGGUUAUGUUUCUGGUCGUAUGAACACAUGUAAGAACAAUUUAAAAUUAUUUCGUUUUUUCUGCUUCUUACUAAACUAUUAUAAUGUAACGGGUAUUUUAAAACCCUGUUUUCUCCUUUAUUUUCAUUAGUUGGACAUUGAUUUCAGUGUCAAUACAUUUAAAGAUUCCUAUAUAUUGUACUGUGGCUUACAUGAAACUGUGGUAUAAAGUUUAGUUUCAUACUCAGAAUUAGUCCAAAAUAAUUGCCAAACUUUAUCAUUGUGCUCUUGCAUUUGUUUUUGAGCUGCUAUGCUAUUUGUGAAAAUUACACUGAAAGUUGACUAAGAGACUUUUGUAAAAGCAUGAACAUAUACACGUGAGAGGCAUCUCAUCUGCUUAUUUUUUACUUAAUGAAUAUUGUUCCCCUUUCCAUGUCUAGUGUCUUGCCGAAUGCUGUGUGAUUCAUGGUUUGCUUUUCUUCAAAACAGUUGGCACUUUUUGUUAAUAAAAUGAUGCUGAGAAAA